GACUUGCUCAGGGUCACACAAUGAGUCAGUGGCUGAGCUGGGAUUUGAACCGGGGACCUCCUGGUUACAAGUCUGUUUCUUUAACCACUGGACCACACAGCCUCCUAAAAGGAACAAUAAGCUCCUAACAACCAAGGUUUGAGGACAAAAUGACUCCUUGCUGAUCAGUCUUUUUAAGAGAAUGUAUUAUAAAACACUAAACAUACUUAUUUAACGAAAAGAGAACUAUAGUAACUUUCAUCCAUCAUUCUUGAGAUUAGACAGAUUCAAUCCUCUGGUAUUAUAAAAACGUAUUACAAGAAAUUCUGUGUCCCUUCAAUAGUAAAGCCAGCCCUGCUAUUAAAUCCAGGUUUUGUCGGUCCCUUGAAUGGCCUUAGUAGCACUAUAUUUAAAUAAAUGCAUUUCUUUUUCAGCUGCUACUAAGCAGAAUCCUGUGUGCUGCCAUGGACAGUGUGGAGAUGGAAUCUGUCCAGAUUAAAGAGGAGUUCCCUGAACCUGAACUUGUCCCCUUUAGAGCGGAGAUCGCUGGGCUGGCUUCCCUCCCCAUUAAACAGGAGCUCUGUGAGAUGCAAUGUGACAGCAGCCAGCCAGAGGUCCCUGAGAUUAAAGCUGAGCACAAUGAAUUGGAGAUCCCGCAGACAAAAGAACACCUUGCUGUGAAACAAGAGGAGGUGCUGGAAAUUAACCAUAUUAAACAAGAGCCCCCUGAAGUAGAGUUUGACCACGUGGAACCAGGGAAGGAAGAACCCGAUGACUUCAAACCAAACAUCCCUAAGAUGGAGAGAGUCUGUGUGAGAGAGCAAGGUGCUGGAGAGGAAGGCUCUCCCAACAGCACGCAAGGAGGUGGAAAGGAAGACAGACUCUCACAUUCAGAAUGCAGUCUAGCAGGUUCCAGUCCAGCAGCUAAAGCGAGGGCAGACGGUGGAGAAUAUCCUGACUGUGGGAAAGGUUUCAUGCAGAUAGGGCAUUUAAACAAAACCCAACGAACUCACACAGGCGAGAAACCGUAUCACUGCUCUGACUGUGGGAAGAGUUUCAAUCAUUUUAGAAACCUAAAACAACACCAGCGAAUUCACACAGGAGAGAAACCGUAUCACUGCUUUGACUGUGGGAAGAGUUUCAGUCAGUUAAACAGCCUUGUUUUACAUGAGCGAAUUCAUACAGGAGAGAAACCGUAUCACUGCUCUGACUGUGGAAAGAGUUUCAGUCAGUCAAACAGCCUUGUUUUACACCAGCGAAUUCACACAGGAGAGAAACCGUAUCACUGCUCUGACUGUGGGAAGAGUUUCAGUCGGUCAGACAGCCUUGUUUCACACCAGCGAACUCACACAGGAGAGAAACCGUAUCACUGCUCUGACUGUGGGAAGAAUUUCAGUCGGUCAGGCAGCCUUGUUUCACACCAGCGAACUCACACAGGAGAGAAACCGUAUCGCUGCUCUGACUGUGGGAAGAGUUUCAGACAGUUAGGAAGCCUAAAAGAACACCAGCGAGUUCACACAGGAGAGAAACCAUUUCACUGCUCUGACUGUGGGAGGAGUUUCAGUCAGUUAGGAAGCCUAAAAGGACACCAGCGAACCCACACAGGAGAAAAACCGUAUCACUGUUCUGACUGUGGGAGGAGUUUCAGUCACUUAGGAAGCCUAAAAGGACACCAGCGAACUCACACAGGAGAGAAACCGUAUCACUGCUCUGACUGUGGGAAGAGUUUCAGUUGGUCAGACAGCCUUGUUUCACACCAGCGAACUCACACAGGAGAGAAACUGUGUCUGCUCUGACUAGGAAGUUUCCGUCUUAAACAAGCCCUUCAAAAACACCAGCGAAUUCACAGAGGAGAGAAACCUUAAAGACUGUUUUGUGUAUCACUCUUAACCCUUUGCGGUCAGUUUAUUCAGCACCUGUGAGGCACGUCAAGUCCUACAAGGGAAGGCUUUGCGCUCUCACAGCCUCUCAGUCUCGUGUUCUUAUUGUUUCCGAUCGUAUACUCGCGGCAUCAUGUUAUUUCAGUGAUACUGUAUUUCUUUUAUUUCACUCUAUUAUGUCAUUCAUAUCAUGACUGGAAAGCGACCAAGUGAUAGCAAGAGUGCAGGACCAGUUCGUAAGCGAAAGAAGAUUGAUUUAGAGCAGAAAAUGAAAAUGGUGAAAAGUAUUAAGGCGGACAAAGCCUGUCUUCAGUUGCUUGUGAACUCGAUUUGGCUACCUUUUUUCAUGUUCUAUAAACAUACGUACUGUACACACAUACAUUUACAUAGCCACACAUACACAAAAACAAAUAUACUGUACAGUAUUUCAGUAAUAUACACAUAC